AUGUUUGAUCGCACCACGACUUCAGAGCGAGUGCAUCUCCGCUGGUGGAACGGUUUCUCACGCGAUCGCCUCACAUGGCUGGAAGGGCUUGCGCCUGUGCAGGCGCUGGCGGCAACGACGACCGAUGGAGCAACGCAAGCAACGGCUCCGCGUAGCGAAGCCCCCGUGUUCGCCCCACCCGUGGGACCGCAAGCCGUGGCGCAGCCCCAACCGCAGGCGGCCACCAACCAAGCUGCACAACCGGUUGCUCCUAGUAAUGUAUUGCCUGCGACUCCCUCGACAGCCAGCUUGACGGGUCAGAUCGCCGAGCCCCCUGAGCAGGAAGCACCCGAGAUCGCGGCACCGCCCCCGGUGGAUAUGUCGCCGCCCAUUUCAGCAGCCCCCGAUCCGACAGCAGGGCCAACUCUUCCACCGUUGAAUGAAACAAUCGUUCCAGCCGCACAGCCGCAAGCUGCGAGCGAUGAGCUUUUCGCUGCGCCUUACGUCACUCCGCCACCAACGACCAACUCGAGCGUCGUUCCCCCGACAGCACCGCAAGUCACGCCGUAUGGCAAUCCGACAGGUCCUGUGGGCGGACCGAUUGGUAACGGAACACCUCAGGGCUUGCCUCUCAAUCAACCACCCGCGCCGGAGAGUAGCGUUCCGACGGAAGUGCCGCUUCCGCAGAUGCAACCUCCGGCCGGUCAAGUACAACCUCCGACGAAUGCUCAGCCCGCCGGACCGGCUGCGGCGGCAACCGCUCCCGGGGCGCCAGCCCACUUGGUUUCCGCUACGCCGGUAGCCAACGUGAAUGGCGAAGUGAUCCUGGCCGGCGAUGUCUUCCCGGCGGUGGAUCGCAUGAUCGCCGAACGUUUUGCCGAUAUCCCCGAGCGGCAGCGAGAUCAGGUACGCAUUCAAUUGGCCAAGCAGCGGUUGAAUCAGCUAAUCGAGAUGCAGCUUCUCUAUACCGACGCGAUGCGAAACGUGCCGAAAGAGAACUUGCCGAAGAUCGAAGAGCAGUUGAACAAGCAGUUCGACUCCGACGAACUGCCGCACAUGAUGAAAUCGGCCGACGCCCCAUCGGUGCAAGCGCUCGAUGAAUAUCUCAGAUUGAGUGGCGAUUCGAUCGAGCGUGCGAAACGCCGCUUUCGACAAGAAGUGAUCGCUCGGCAGUGGCUGGGACAGAAAGACACCAAAGAGGAAGAGAUCACGCACGACGAGAUGCUCGAGUACUAUCACCAGCACGAGCAAAGCUAUUUCUUUCCCGCUCGCGCGAAAUGGGAACAGCUGCAAGUACGAUACUCGAGCGUUUCCAGCCGUGCGGAGGCUCGCCGCAAGAUUGCUUGGAUGGGCAACCAGAUCAUGGACGGGGCCCAGUUCGCCGAAGUGGCGAAAGCCCACUCCGACGGAUACACCGCCGAUGAAGGUGGCGUUCGCGAUUGGACCACUCAAGGAAGCCUGGUCUCAGCCGAACUGGACAGAGCCCUGUUCACGUUGCCCGUAGGUUAUCUCUCUCCGAUUAUCGAAGAAGAUGGCGGUCUGACGAUUGUCCGCGUAACCGAACGGCAGAACGCUGGCAAAACAUCUUUCCUUGAAGCGCAAACGACGAUCAAGGAAGAGAUCAAGAAAGAGCGGCACAACGAUACGCGGCGAGAGUUUCUCGACGAACUUCAGGCGCAGGCCCGCAUCUGGAAUAUCUUCGAUGAUCCCCAGGCGGAAACCAUCUUCGCUACGGCCCCGCAGAACUCAGCCCGGCUGGCCAACCUCGAUGCGGCUCGCUCGGUUGCCGUGCGUAUUGCAACGGCUGGCCCCUUCGAGUUGCAUCAGGUCGAUACCUACUUCCAUUGCACCCACGGCCGGCUGAAACUGCGGGAGACGCGGGGCGAAACCGCUCAAUUGGUUUGGUACCAAAGGGGCGACACCCAGGAGGCCAAGACGAGUAACUACCAACUGGUCGACGUGGCCAACCCCGAUGAGUUAAAGGCGGCCCUCACCGGCGCACACGGGGUGCGGUGCGUGGUCGACAAGGUUCGCGAGUUGUAUUUGUGGCACAACGUGCGAAUCCACCUCGACACGGUGGUCGACCUGGGGGCCUAUCUCGAGUUUGAGGCCGUGCUCGAUCGUAACGAUUCGGAAGCACUGGGACAGCAACAAGUGGAUCAGUUGAUACACCAGUUCGCGAUCGAACCAAGCGACCUGAUGAGCGGUUCCUACUCAGAACUGCUAGGGCUGAAUGAGGAUCGUAUGUCGUCCGUUGCCAAAAAGGAGACCUCGAUGGGCGAGGUUGCCAAGUUAACACUCGGUGAUAAACAAGUUGAGCUUCCGAUUGUCGUCGGAUGCGAAGGUGAGCAUGCCCUGGAUAUCUCCAAGCUCCGCGCGGAGACGGGAUACAUCACCCUCGACGAAGGGUAUGUGAACACCGGGUCGGCGGUUAGCGACAUCACUUACCUCGACGGUGAGAAGGGCAUCCUUCGCUACCGUGGUUACUCGAUUGAAGAAUUGGCCGCGAACUGCGACUUCAUCGAAGUCAGCUACUUGCUGCUGUACGGUGAAUUGCCCAGCAACGAACAACUGGCCAACUUCCGUGCUGCCUUGCGGCGUCACACGAUGCUGCACGAAGACAUGCGGUCAUUCUACAACGGCUUCCCCCGCGACGCUCACCCGAUGGCGAUCCUGGGCUCCGUCGUCGGAGCCCUGUCGACGUUCUACCAAGACUAUCUCGAUCCCAAGGAUCCGCAUCAGGUCGAAAUCUCAAUACACCGCCUGAUGGCCAAGCUGCCGACCAUCGCGGCUUUCAGCUACAAGAAAUCAAUCGGGCAACCGUUCAUCUACCCGUUGAACAAGUUGUCCUACUGCGAGAACUUCUUGCAGAUGAUGUUCGCCGUGCCAAGCGAACCGUACGAAAUCGACCCCGACUUUGUCGAAGCACUCAAUCUACUGCUGAUUGUGCAUGCCGAUCACGAACAAAACUGCAGCACCUCGACCGUCCGCAUGGUGGGUUCGAGCGAUGCCAACUUGUUUGCCUCGAUCUCGGCUGGCAUCUCGGCCCUGUGGGGCCCCCUGCACGGCGGUGCGAACCAAGCCUGUGUCGAGAUGUUGGAAAAGAUCCGCGAAGAUGGCGGCAACGUUGGCAAGUACGUCGACAUGGCCAAGGAUCGAAACAGUUCGUUCCGCCUGAUGGGCUUCGGGCACCGCGUGUACAAGAACUUCGAUCCCCGCGCGAAGAUCAUCAAGAAGAGCUGCGACAUCCUACUUAAGAAGCUGAAAAUCUCUGACCCGAUCUUCGAGAUUGCCCAAGAGUUGGAAGAGGUCGCACUCUCCGAUUCGUACUUCGUCGAACGCAAGCUUUAUCCAAACGUCGACUUCUAUUCCGGAGUCAUCUAUCGAGCGAUCGGGAUUCCAGUUCAGAUGUUCACCGUGCUAUUCGCCAUGGGGCGGCUGCCGGGAUGGAUCUCGCACUGGACCGAGAUGCACGCCUCGAAGAACAAGCGGAUCAGCCGACCGCGCCAGGUGUACGACGGUCAAACCCAUCGCGAAUUCCUACCGAUCGAGAAGCGUUGA